UCCAACAAGCGCUAAUUUUUCAAUUCUCUCUGUGGUAUCUACACAGCAGUAGGUGCUGCGAGGACUAGUCAGGGAAAACGGAAGACAUUUCAAGACUUCGCUGAGACUCAUUCUUGCGAUCUAAGCCAAUCUGCUUCUGGUCCUUCUUCGUUCAUCUGAAUUGAUCGAAAUCGGCGAAGCAUUGCAAUGUCGAAUCCAAGAUCAAGUCCAGACUCUUGGAAUUGCAUGCUUCCAGGACCUCCAAGCCGCAACAAUUUUGGAUCCGCGGACUUGAGCUCCCAUGAUCUUCUUGCAUUCCCUUCAGGCAGUUCCGUUUCCGUCGUCGAUACUCGCUCUAUGCAGCUCGUCUCCGCCAUUCCCAUGCCGCCCCCGUCUUCGCCAUCUUCAUCUUCCACCGCUCCAUCUCUUUCCCCAUUUGUUACCUCUGUACGCUGGACCCCACUUUCUCUGAAUCACGACCUUCUAUCCACAGAGCCUUCCUCUUCCCACCUUCUGAUUGCCGCCGGUGAUCGUCAAGGACGCAUUGCUUUGCUCGAUUUUAGACUCAAAAUCGCUGUUAUGUGGUUCGAGACAGAUUCAAAACUCGGAAUUCAAGACUUGUGUUGGGUUCAAGCUCGACCCGACUUUUACUUCCUUGUUGCUAUCAACGGACCGUCUACGAUUUCCCUUUAUAACACGAUGACUGGUCGGUGUGUUUGGAAGUACGACGCAUCCCCUGAAUUCUUUUCUUGCCUUCGCCGGGACCCUUUGGAUUCUCGUCACAUCUGCGCACUCGGGCUUAAAGGCUUUCUCUUAAGUAUUAUGAUUCUUGGUGAAAGUGAAAGCAGCUUCGUGAUAAAGGAGUUUCAGAUACGGACCGAUUGUAGCGAACUGAGUAAGCUGGAAAGAGACGCGAGUGAUGUGUCAACGUCGCCUGCAUCGGCGUUGUUUUCGCUUUAUGUGGCGAGGUUCGCGUUUUCCCCGCAAUGGAGGCACAUAUUGUUCAUCACAUUUCCGAAAGAGUUGAUUGUGUUUGAUUUGCAGUACGAGACCACUCUUUUUGCUGCUGCAUUGCCUCGUGGUUGCGGGAAGUUUGCUGAGGUAUUGCUUGAUCUAAACAACGAGUGGAUUUACUGUGCUCAUCUCGAUGGCAAGCUCAGCACCUGGCGUAGGAAACCAGGGGAACAGGUGUAUACCAUGAGCGCCAUCGAAGAGUUAAUGCCCUCACUUGGCACCUCUGUUCCUUCCCCUUCAGUACUUGCUGUUGUUUUAAGCCAGUCAAAUUCCAUUCUUCAGAACAUUGCGAAGACUAAUGUGCCUAGUUCUACUUACCUCGACAAGGAUCCUGAUAAUCCCUUUGAUUUCAUCGACAAGUCUUUUAUAGUUUUUGAGACACAUUUGAUCUCUAUUUCUGAUGAUGGAAAAUUAUGGAACUGGAUCUUGACUGCUGAAGGGAAGCCGGACAUCCAAAAGGAUGAUAAGAAGUCAGAUUCGGUUGAUGAUGACAGCACAAAAUCAUUAAUAGGUACUGGUGCUAAUACCACAGUAUCUUCUAAAAGCUAUCUGUCAAGCUCAACCAUCAACCAGGAAAAUACUAUUCUAAAGAUGAGCUUAGUUGGACAGCUUCAGCUGCUUUCUUCGACAGUGACUACAUUGGCCGUACCGAUUCCUUCUCUAAUGUCAACUUUGGCCCGUGGAGGAAACCAUCCUGCCGUAGCUGUUUCUUUGGUUGCUUUGGGAACUCAGAAUGGGACUAUUGAUGUAAUUGAUGUUUCCGCUAAUGCUGUUGCUUCAAGUUUAUCUGUUCAUAAUGGUAUCGUUAGGGGACUACGAUGGUUAGGAAAUUCUAAGCUGGUAUCAUUUUCUUAUACCCAGGUUAAUGAAAAAUCUGGCGGUUAUAUUAACAAGUUAGUGGUGACCUGUGUUCGAAGUGGACUUAAUAGAAUUUUCCGAGUCCUUCAAAAGCCGGAGCGUGCACCAAUAAGAGCUUUAAGAGCAUCAUCAUCCGGAAGGUACCUGGUAAUUUUGCUUCGUGAUGCACCUGUGGAAGUUUGGGCAAUGACUAAAAAUCCCACUAUGCUUAGAUCAUUAGCUCUUCCAUUUACUGUGUUGGAAUGGACUCUUCCAACAAUUCCUCGUCCUGUUCAAAAUGCAUCUGCUAGGCAAUUGUCCUCAUCUUCUAAGGAGCAAAAAGCAGAUGAGGCAUCCAUCCCAACAAAGUUGCCCUCAUCAGAUUCAAAGGAUUCAGGCGCUGAGGGACAUCAUGAUGACUCUUCAGAGAGUUUUGCGUUUGCCUUGGUGAAUGGGGCACUUGGAGUUUUUGAAGUUCAAGGACGAAGAAUUCGAGAUUUCAGACCAAAAUGGCCUUCUUCUUCAUUCAUAUCCUCGGACGGAUUAAUUACUGCAAUGGCCUAUCGCUUACCUCAUGUGGUUAUGGGGGACAGGAUGGGAAACAUAAGAUGGUGGGAUGUGACAACAGGACAGUCUUCCUAUUUCAACACUCAUAGAGAUGGAAUCCGCCGUAUCAAAUUCUCUCCUGUUGUACCAGGAGACCAUAGUCGGGGGCGUAUAGCUGUUCUGUUUUAUGACAAUACCUUCUCUGUAUUUGACUUGGAUUCACCAGACCCCUUAGCCAACUCACUGCUGCAACCUCAGUCUCCUGGAACUCUUGUACUGGAACUUGAUUGGUUGCCCUUGCGAACUGAUAAGAAUGACCCACUGGUCUUGUGCAUUGCUGGAGCUGAUAGCAGCUUUCGCCUUUUUGAAGUCAAUGUAAAUGAUAAAAGAGUUGGUUAUGUGCCCCAGCCCAGAGCUAUAAAGGAAAGAUUCCGGCCUGUGCCUUUGUGUUGUCCCAUACUACUUCCUACGCCACAUGCCCUGGCAUUGCGUAUGAUCUUGCAAUUGGGUGUUAAACCUUCUUGGUUCAAUACUUGCAGUACAACUACGGAGAAAAGGCCUCAUUUAAUCCAGGAAACUCCUUCAUCCACUGAGGAUCUUCGCGCACACAUGAAUGACCUUCCAUCUCUAGGUGACCCUGUGGUACCCGAGAUGCUUCUAAAAGUGUUGGAACCUUACCGAAGAGAAGGGUGCAUACUUGAUGAUGAGAGGUCAACAAGGUACGCUAGUGUGUUAAAUAGUGGCUAUGCCAUGAGACUUGCCUAUGCAGCCGCACUAUUUGGUGAAUUCUCUGAAGCUUUGUUCUGGCUACAACUGCCUUUGGCACUCGACCAUUUGAUAAAUAAGUUAUUGAAAAAGCCUCCAACAAAAGAUCCAGUAGCGAUGUCAAUUCCAGAAGUUGAUGAGACAUCUCUACUGACUGGUUUAUCGUCAAAGAAAUAUUCAACUGAAGAAAUGAGGCGAGAUACAUUGAGUCAAGGUCAUCUGAAGUUGAUAACUUUUGACCCAGAAGAAUUGAGGGAAAUUGCUUGUGAACGUAUUUCUUGGCAUAAAAAGUUAGAGGGUGAAGAGGCUAUACAGAACCGUGUUCAUGAGCUUGUGUCUGUUGGAAACCUUGAAGCUGCAGUUAGUUUAUUGCUUUCAACUCCUCCUGAGAGUUCCUACUUCUAUGUUAAUGCUCUCCGUGCAGUUGCUCUCUCUUCUGCCAUUUCAAGGUCUCUUCAUGAACUUGCGGUUAAGGUUGUUGCAGCCAACAUGGUGAGGGCAGACAGGUCACUAUCUGGCACUCAUCUUCUC